CUAAUUUGAGACGACGCUUCUUUGUUCGCGACGUCGGGUCGCAGGGGGGGGUCCUGGAGGAAGGAGGUCCUGAAGGUCUUUCCCCGCUCGCGGCUCCCAGGGGCGUAGGAGAACGGCUCAGGACGGAGAGCUGGUCGCGGGGUUCCAGGACGCGUCUCCGCCAGGUGAUCCAGGCCUCCUUCAGGGGGGGCCACGGGCCCUUCUGGGUUGACACAAGGCGGCGCCUCCAGAGCGCGGGGAAGGGGUGUGGGGAGGGGGGUCCAGCCCCGACGCGAGAACUCCCGCGGCUCUCGAGAGCUCCUGUCCAAUCCUGGCAUGCUCCAGGUGAGCCUGGGCCGUGCCGGCAGUUCAACCGCGGCCGCUGCAAGAAGGGCGCCGGCUGCAGGUCGGGGCACAUCUGCGCACGGUGCUGGCGGGAGGGCGCGCGGCUGCCCCACCCCGCCUGCGACGCGAGCUGCCCGGCCACUGCGGCGGCCGAGGUCGAGGGCGCGGGGGCACGCUCCGUCCAGGAGGUCGUGGACGCCGCCAUCCGCCAGGUGUUCGCCUCGCCGGGGGCCCUCCCGCGCCUGCUCCGGGCGCCCCCCUCGGGCCUCGUGCCCAGCGGCCGCACGGACCGGGGCGUCCACGCCCGGCAGCUGCUCUGCUACUGCAACUGCCACAGCCGGGGCCGACGCCGACGCCUCCGAGCUGGAGGCGGCCGCCGAGGCGCUGCCGCAGCAGGUUAACGAGCACCUCCCGGCCGACGUGCGGUGCCGCGCCGCGUCCUGGUCCGAGGACCUCUCGUUCUGCCCCCGGGGCAGCGCGCGCAAGACGUACACGUACUACAUCUCGCCGGCGCUUGACCCCCCAGGCGGGAGCAGCGCCGCGGACGUCGGCAGCCUGGCCGAGGUCGCCUGGAUCCUGAACGACGGCGGCCCACCUCUGGACGCCGCGGCGAUGCGCGAGGCGGCCUGCGCGCUCGUGGGCCGCCACGACUUCGCGCUCCUGUCCUCGGUGCCGCUCGCGGCGGCGCCGGGGGGCGGCAGCGGACGGGCACCGUGCGCACCGUGUUCGCCGUGGAGGUCUCGGCGGGCGAGCCCCACGCCGCCUUCGGGCUCCUCGGCGCCUGCUUCGCCCGCGGGCGGGCAGUGGCCACGCCGGGCUGCCCGCACUGCCGCCGCGCCGCCGCCGCCGCCGGCGAGGGCGCCGCGGAGAGCGACGGCG